ACAGUAGCUUUAAGUACCUGUGAAGCUGAAUAUAUGGCUUUAACAGAGGCUAUAAAAGAAGCUAUAUAUUUAUAUAAUAGCUAUAACUAUAUAAGAAUAAAUCUAGGGUUUAGUGAUUUAAAUAAACCUAGAAUAUUAAUAGAUAAUAAAGCAGCUCAAAAGCUAGCAGAAAAUCUAGAAUUUAUAAAAAAGUUAAGCAUAUAA